AUGGACUCGAGCAGCGCCUUGGGGAAGCUUGCUGCACGGCUGGAUUCCGCCAAGUAUACCCCCACGUCUAACCAGUCGAAGCGCUGGCUAGGAUGGUUGAGCGAGCUCUUGGUCUUUAGCAACUUGGACCUUACCUACCAUCACGUCAGCGGUCGCAACAACUCCUUCGCCGACCUACUCAGCAGGCUUCUAAACGGCGGGCGCCACUUGGUCCCUGAAGGGGGUGGGCAGCCGCUCGUCCUAUUCACCACUGAUAGCCAUGGGCCAUCCACAGACUCGUCUGCGGAAAAGCUGGCAAAGGCACUGCUCAGUGGGCAGCUUCUCCUAGAGCUGCAUCGGUUACAAUCGGCCGAUGGGAACACUCGUGUCCAUGGGGACACUUUGAGUGCGUGGCAUGCCCACUUCGUCAGUGGUGAAGAUAUCACCCGCACGUCGCAGGAAGCCAAAUCUCUCGGACUGGUUACCUUCACAGAUGGUCUCGUAAAGGUCAUAACCGACGUCACUUUGCAUGGCGAGGUUAUCGUCCCGGUUAUCCCUAUCGGGAAGGUAGUGGGCCUGGAGCAGAUCAUUAACACUAACGUGGUCCCAGACUGGGAACUACGAGAAUGGCUGAUGUUCACUGCACAUGAGGCCGACAGCCAUCGGGCAUUCCCACAAGCUAAAGAGGCCAUCUCUUGUCUCGCUUGGUGGCCAUCCAUUGCUCGGGACAUACGAGCUUGGAUAAGUCGUUGCGACUACUGCAUGGAGCAGAAGCCAAGUAAAAGGGCAAAACUGGUGAGCGCACCGAGGGUACCUAGAGGGCUCUUGGACAUCGAUGCGCGCGGGAAGCAUCUGGCCAUGGACCAUGGUUAUCCUGUGCCGACUUGGCCGCCUGCCACGGAUCCUAACAACAAGGCCUUCUUAGUCAUGACGGACCUCGCCACCGGAUUCACUCUACUCAGAUGUGUCCCUGAUGUUGGGGGUCCCACCACGUCCGCGAUCCUUUUCGAAUCCUGGGUAGCGUUGAUGGGGGUUCCCUUGUCUGUAACGGGAGACAACUUCUUGGACACUCCCUCAUUACGGAAUUCCCUCAAGGCCUGUGGGGUCCGCUUCCUCACUGUUCCGGCCUGGUCCCCGUGGUCCAACGGGAGUGCUGAGGCCCGGGUCGGCAGGGUUAAACGUAUACUUCCCGGAUACUCGCUCCCGUGGGAUGCGGCCAUGCCCCAUGUGCAACUGGCCAUCAAUUCCCAACAGCGAGCAAGCGGUCACUCAGCAGCGGAUCUUAUGCUCGGCACGAAGGUCAACACACCUUCAACGGCCAUACUAACGGCCAUCUUGGACCCCCACCGCGAGCUGGAUUAUGACAGUCUAGAGCAUUUGGCAUCUUCGCUAAACACAUGCGAGGCCGUGCGCCAGGUUAUCGUCCAAUCAAUAGGCCUUGCUCGGUCUGCAGUACUCCAGUCUCACGUAAGAGACUGUUUGCGGGCCUCUGCUGCCCGUCCGGGGAAACCCGUUGAGCAUGGGGACUUGGUCGUCUGGCGCCGCCCCGGCGCGCGCCCGGUCGAAGGUCAUGUCGUAAUGGUCGAGGGUGUGAACGUGAGCGAGGGCCCUUUUUGCUACCUAGGCACCAUGGCGGGAUUCUCUGUUCGUCUCCGUCCUCUAGGUUCUGCGGACGACAGGACGGUAGCCGUCUCUGCAUGCCACCUCGAGGCCCGAGCGGAGUCGGUUGACAGAAAUCGCCCCACUUUGGCUACUGAGACCACCAUCCCAGUAACCUCGACUAAGCCGGACGAUUUGUUGCUCGUCCGUCUUGGCAACGAGGAGGACGUCAUCGGAAGGGUUAAGCAGAACGCGGGUACCCAUGAAAUGCGCAUACAGGUGUACGACACCAACGACGGCAAGACGUUCAUGCCAGUAUGGACGAAUCUGGACGGCGACUCCUAUGCGGCUCCCUCUCCGGUGGAUGACAAUGACUAUCCCCUGCUCAGGACGACAAGCUCAGUGCUCAUGAGAGUUAUGCUGACCCCUACGGGAAAACUCCGUGAUGCAUCAGGAACAGCUCUUGUAGCAGCGGGUUAUCUUUCUUGA